AUAUUUAUCGACAUGCCACCACAGAUACUUCCAAUAAAAAAACAUUAACUCAUGGUAGAGCAAUUUUUUUUGGCGAAUAUUAACAAAGUUCUACAUUAAUAACGUGCCAAAAAUGCACAAAAGUACGUUGCAGCAGCUAAAAAGUGUGCAAUAAAAGAAACUGAAGCAUUAAAAUCGGCAGCAACCUUGCAAAACAACUGUAUAUGUAGCGUGUCGGCCAUGGAGGAGAAUAUGUGGAUAAUUGAGCUGGAAUCGGCGCUGUUGGAUGACUGCACGGUGAAUGAGGUUUAUGGGAUAUGUCAGGGGAAGCAGUUACCGGAGGCACUGCGUCCGGAUGUGUGGCAGGUGUGCCUCGAUGUGCGGCACAAAAGCGAUCAGAUGUCGCUCUUCAAUGAGAUCUACGAUCUUCCAUUUCAAAGUCAAUUGCGUGAGGAUUGCAAACGGAUUGUGGAACGCAUGGGCAACGAUGAGGAGGACAAAGUGUCCGUUGUCUCCGAUCUAGAAUCGAUAAUGACAUUCUAUUGCAAGAAUCGUAAUCUACAAUAUGAGCCAGAGAACGGUUGGAUUGAACUACUCCUGCCGCUCUUCGCUCUCAAACUGAAUCGCUCCGAUACGUUCAAUCUCUUUGAGGCUAUCAGGGACACUUAUAUACCAAAGGGUUGCAAGCCCAAGGGCAAUGUCUUCCACGUAUUUCGUUUGCUGCUGCUCUACCAUGAUCCGGAGCUGUGCACCGUGCUGGAUACGAAGAAGAUAACACCCGAUCUAUAUUCGCUGACAUGGUUCCAAUCACUGUUUGCCAACUGCAGCAGUUUAUCUGUGAUUAUCGCCAUGUGGGAUUUAUAUUUUCAGAAUGCCGACCCAUUUAUGGUCUUCUUUUUGGCUCUGAUCAUACUGAUCAAUGGACGCGAUCAGAUAAUGGCAAUGAAGACGUCAUCCAAGGAGGACAUUAUGAAAUUUCUCAUCAAUAUGCCGUGCGCUUUGGAGGUGGAUGAUGUUCCAGAUUUUUGCUCACUCGCCCAAUACUAUGCGCUGAAAACACCCUCAUCCUUCAAGACGGACUAUCUGAAGGCGCUUUAUGGCAAACAGAACGAUUCGCCGCGCAGCCAGGAGGAGUCCAAUAAAGUAUCACAGGCUCUUUGCCUGCCUGUUUCCGUCUACGAACUGGUAGAGAAUUCUGCCACCGAAUUCCCAGUGCCAGAUGCCGUUCGAUUCUUUCUCGUCGAUUGUCGUCCAGCUGAACAGUAUAAUGCCGGCCAUUUGUCAACGGCAUUCCAUCUCGACUGCAAUCUGAUGCUGCAGGAGCCGUUGGCAUUCGCAACAGCUGUUCAGGGUCUGCUCACCGCCCAGAAACAGGCCAUUGAGGUAAAUUCAAAUGCGGGCGGUGAGCAUUUGUGUUUCAUGGGCAGCGGCCGUGUCGAGGAGGAUCAGUACACGCAUAUGGUGGUGGCCUCAUUCCUGCAAAAGAACACACACUACGUGUCCUUGCUCACCGGUGGCUACGCCUCCAUCCACGACUAUUUUGGCGAUCACAUGGCCGAUUGCCUCGAGGAUCACAGCGUCAGCAAGUGUCUCGUCUGUCAGCAGCACAAUGUGAAGCAGUCAAAGACCGUGCCGCUGAAAGCGCCAGCGACUACGCCGUCCUCCUCCGAUCUGUUUAGUAAGUUCUCCGCAGCCAUGAAGUCCAAAUCGGCCGAGGUCAAGGGACGUCUGAUGGACAUCAUUGUGAAUCCGAGUGGUGCAAAUGGUGCACCCAACGCCGGCGGCGCUUCCAGCAACGGAGCCCAAUCGUUGCCCGCCCAGGAGCGUCAUGUGAGCGCCAAGGAGCGCAACGGGAAACGUUAUCGGAAUGUGGCGCCCGUCUUCAGUAUUGACGAUGAGAACGAGGAUGCCUACGAUGGAGAUGAACGUGAUGCGCCUCAGCCGGCCGGCGAUACGAAGGAAAUUGUCAAUCUUAAUCAAUAUUUCAAGACGGCGGACAUCAUCAAUGCGUUCAAGUGUCAGGAUGUCCAUAUAAAUGGCUAUAUGUACGAUAGCCAUCUGAUAAUAACGCCCACACAUCUGGUGGUGUUGCGCGAAUUGGGACGUGGUCAGGCGCAGAUAAUGGUCCGAAGACCGCUGGCGAGCAUUGUAAAGAUCACAGCCAAGAAGCGACAUCGCGAUUUGAUCACAUUCAAAUACGGAUUUCCCGAUGGCGAUGGUCUGCUCAUCACCGACAUGGAUCGAUUUCUCAUACCAAAUGCAACAGAGGCCACCGCUCUGGUCUCCAAACACAUUGUGCAGGUGCUCGACAAUGCAAAGUAGUGGAGAUCGGGACUUGAAGUCCCCCAUUAGUCACGCCUUAUGGUUAAUCCACAUCCUUAUUUUAACACACACAGGACACAUACAAAAAGCAAUGCGUUUCGCUCUGUUCUCUGAGAACGGUCUAAUUAUACUAACUAUAAAUUGGCAAUGAUUUCCUUCGACUAGCUGACAAAUUGUAGUCUAAACUUUUAAAUCAAUGGGACAUGCUGCAACUGUAACAUACAACACACUUUACCGACAACAAAACAAAACAAAACAAAAACAGGACGACGAAAAUUAACCUAAUUAAAAUUGAAUGCGAUUUGUUCUAACCCAAAACUAAAUUCUAAGUUCAAAUAAACGAAAUAAACUUA